AUGAAGCGGAAGACGCGAUUGGAGAAGAGAGAAGAGGAAGAGCUAGUUGUCAUGGGACCAAGCGGACAGUUUCGUGAAAUAUGGCCGGAAAUUGAUCCAGUAUACGAUAGCGAUACUUCAACCGAAGACGUACAAAAUACAGUCGGAAAUAUACCAAUGGAAUGGUACGAUGACUUCCCCCACAUCGGCUACGAUGUUAAUGGACAAAAGGUUAUGAAACCUGCCAUAGGGGAUGAACUUGAUAAGUUCCUGGAUAAGUUAGAUGAUCCCGAUUCAUGGAUGUCCGUUAAGGAUGAUCUUAUGCAGCGAGAUGUGAAAUUAACAGAUGAAGAAUUGGAAAUAAUUCGCAGAAUCCAGAUGCAUGAGAUACCAGAUAAAGAUUACAAUCCGUAUGAACCCACUGUCGAAUGGUUUACAAGUAAACCGAUGGUUAUGCCAUUAACUGCUGCUCCAGAACCCAAACGGCGAUUUGUUCCAUCUCGUUGGGAAGCGAAAAAGAUUAUGAAAAUUGCCCGAGCAAUACGCGAAGGCCGCAUCCUUCCUCGUAAAACGCAAGCUGAACCACCCCGCUUCUAUGAUCUUUGGACUGAUACCGAACAAUCUCGUUCAGAUAAUCCAAUGCAUCUGCCUGCUCCCAAAAUAAAAUUACCAGAACACGACGAAAGCUAUAACCCACCUGAAGAAUAUGUUCCGACUGAGAAGGAAAAGGAAGAAUGGGAGAAAAAGGAUCCAGAGGAUAGAGAUAAAUCUUAUUUACCGAAGAAGUACUCGAGUCUUCGAGCAGUUCCUGCAUAUGAUAAAUUUUUAAAAGAUAGAUUCGAGAGGUGUCUUGACCUGUAUCUAGCCCCUCGCGUAAGGAAGAAUAAGCUCAAUAUCGAUCCAGAAUCUCUAAUUCCUAAGCUUCCUCACCCAAGAGACUUGCAGCCUUUCCCAAUCAGUCUCACCCUGUCAUACGAUGGUCAUGCUGAUCGUGUUCGCACAUUUUCUAUCGAUCCUACUGGAUUAUGGAUAGUUUCCGGUUCCGAUGAUCGGACAAUACGAAUGUGGGAAGUUACUACCGGUCGAUGUGUGCAGAAGUGGGACGUUGAGGAUAUCGUAUAUUCUAUCGCCUGGUGUCCUAAUAAGGAUAUCUGGAUAUUUGCCGUGACGCUUUCAAAUAAGGUUGCUUUUAUAUCACCGCGUCUUAUGUGUAGUGAAGAAGUAUCGAAUUUUGCAGCGAAAUAUGCGUCUGCAGGAUUUAAUAUGCAGAAAGCUGACAAGAAGCCUAGUGUUGUUGAAUGGGUCAAACCAACAGAGAACCAAAGACAAAAUGGAUAUAUAGUUAUUAUAUCACAUCUGCACGACCACACUGUGAAACAGGUUACGUGGCAUCGCAAGGGCGACUAUUUCGCAACUCUCGCACCAGAUGCUGGAACACAGGGUAUUUUGAUACAUCAAUUGACGAGGCAUCAUAGUCAGCAACCAUUCCGUAAGAUUAAAGGUUUAGUACAGCGAGUGAUAUUCCAUCCGAUAAAACCAAUUUUCUUUGUGGCCACACAGAGAUAUGUUCGCGUGUAUAAUCUGACAAAACAGGAACUCUCCAAGACGCUUCUGUCAGGAGUCAAAUGGAUAUCGAGUAUAGAUGUUCACCCGAUGGGGGAUAAUGUUAUUAUCGGAAGUUAUGACAAGCGAUUAUGUUGGUUUGAUUUGGACCUGUCGGCAAGACCAUACCGAACUCUUCAAUACCAUAGAAUGGCAACUCGCUGUGUGGCGUUCCAUAAGAGGCUUCCACUGCUUGCAUCUUGUAGCGAUGAUGGCACUAUUCAGAUAUUUCAUGGAAUGGUGUAUAACGAUUUAUUGCAGAACCCAUUGAUUGUACCAGUGAAGAUAUUAAAGGGAGGACAUAAUAUUGUUAAUAGUUUAGGUGUAUUGCAUUGUGAAUUUCAUCCUUCGCAUCCUUGGAUUGUGUCUUCCGGUGCAGAUCACAAAAUAAACCUAUGGACUUGCUAA